UGGGGAAGCCGCUGCUGGUGCUGGACCCAUCAUCGCUGGUGCCGGGGAAGCUGCUACUGGUUCUGGGGCCCCUGGUGUUGGGGACAUCGCCGCUGCUGCUCUGGAAGCCACCGCUGGUGCUGGGGAAACCUCUGCUGGUGCUGGGGCCAUCACCACUGGUGAGUGCGCUACCUCUGAAGCUCUGGAAGCCGCUGCUGGUGAAUACGCUGCCUCUGAUGUUCUGGAAGCUGCCGCUGGUGCUGGGGCCCCUGGUGCCGGGGCCAUCGCCGCUGGAGAGUGUGGUGCUCUGGAAGCUGGGGAAGCAGCUGGUAUUGGGGGAGGCGCUGCUAAGGCUCUGGAAACUGCCGCUGAUGCUGGGGCUACUGAUGCUGGGGCCAUUGCCGGGGUAACCGAGGCUGAUACUUCGGAAGAUGCCGGUACUGGGGAAGCCUCUGAUGAUGCUGGGGCUGUCGUCUCUCGUGCUGGGGAAGCUGCUGCUGAUGCUAAGGGAAGCUAAUGCUGGGGAAGCCGCUUCUGGUGCCACAGAAUCGAAAGCCACUACUGGUGCCAGAGAAGCGGAAGCCGCCACUGGUGCUCUGAAAGAGGCAGCUACUGCUGGUGCUGAGACCGCCGCUGGUGCUGGGGUAGCCGCUGGUGCUGGGACCGCCGCUGGUGCUGGGACCGCCGCUGGUGCUACUGCUGCUAGGGUAUUUGACCUGCUUGUCCUCUACGUCUACCCGGAUACACUGGGCCUUGCGCAUCGUGGACCCAUGGAAGAUCAGCACAGGCUCCCCUACUUGGACAGCGGGCGGGUCCCUUACCGAUUUAUCCUCUUGCUCGGAAGAAGCCAUUUGGGGCCUCGAUCACAUCUACGGCCUGCUUCUGCUUUCCUCGACAGCUGGCUCUCACCUCCUCCGGUCUCUGACUGGCACACGGGCUGUGGAGGCAAUGGGAAAGGGCAGGGGCCGGCCGUCGGGGCUAGCGAGCUCGGAGCUGGCGGACAAGCUGCCGACUCCCUCGCUCUCCCCGACGGUGUGUGGCGGGGACGGCGCCGACCGCGCCCUUUUGGUUGCCUGAAGCGCCAAUGA